AAUACAGUAUAUAACUUUAGUGUAUUAACUGUUGAUACUGGUGGUAGAUCUAGUGAGUCUAUAAUACGUCAAAUUAUAUUUAAUGUUCCUGGUUAUGUUGCUAAUCUGAUGUUAACACAAACUGAUUAUCCAACUGAUACUAAUGAUACUGUUAAUAUCACUGUAUCAUGGAAUCUACAAUCACCUUCGUCGCCAAUUCCUUAUCCACUUUUCUAUUAUAUCAUAUAUAAUGUUUCUGAUGUACCUCAAAAUACUACAGUACCACAACAUAUUUCUUCAAGGACUCUAUCUGGUUUUACAGUAGGAUCAGAAUAUACUGUUGGAGUAGCUGCUGUUAAUCCAUUAGGAACUGGUCCUACCACAUCAGCUACAAUAACUAUACUUGCUACACCACCACCACCUGAAAUACCUUCAACUAGUACAGUCCAUUUCACUUCUUAUUUUAGUUCAGGCAUUAGCGCAACUCCUACUAUGACUCCAUCAAGCAGUAUGACUCCAUCAAACACUCCUACUCAAGAACCAUCUCAACUUAGUGCUGGUGCUAUUGCUGGUAUAGUAAUUGUCAUCAUUGGACUGGCACUGGCAGUUUCGGUUAUAUUAGUGAUUGCUAUUGUAUGUUAUGUUAAGAAAAAAAACGAAGACAUAAAACCUUCUGUUGCUCCUCAAAUGAUUCAAGCUUAUAACUAUGCUCAAGUAGACUACUCUGCUAAAUCAUCUUCCUCUACGAUACAAGCUCCUCCAAAACCAGCAAAAGCAAUUUCACCUGAAGCUGAUAAUCAUGUUUUAUAUUCUGCCAUUCAAAAAUCGGCAGCAUCUCAUAACCCACCACCACCUCCAGAGGGUACCGAGUAUGCUGAUCUUGAUCAUAGUUCUUCGUCGUCUGGUAGACGCCACCAGAGACCCAAGGACACCAGUAAUCAAGUCACGUAUUCUCAUGUGAGCCAUCAUCAUGAUAGACGCAGAGUGAGGGGAAGUAACCAUGGAAACUAUUAUUAAUUAAUUACUGAACUACUUUGAGCUAGUAUAAACACACUGUCUUGUUUUGCCUUUUAUGUAUGUUCUAAUAAUAUGAGGAUGAUGUGUAGCGUAUGCAUGUAAGCUCAUAAUGUCCAUUUGUAUGUUAUGGUGUGCAUUA